AUCUUAUUCAUAUAAACAAGUGAAUGUAAUGUAAGGUAGUGACUGCCCUUGAACAGGUUAAUGAAAGGCAAAAGUCAUUGGUCUUCAGUAAUAUUUUCAAAGGUCUACCACAUCGUAAAAUGGACUGACUUCUUAUAACAUCUGUUGUGUUCCAUUUAAUUCCAAUAAUCAUGGGUCACUGGCACUUGGGAUAAACAUUCUUAAGUGAACAUCAGCAGUCAGUGAUAUUAAUGAAUUUCUUUGGUUUUGUAAUUACAUGUCAAAUGUCUGGCUUAAAAAUCACAUACUGAAAAACAGCGCUGGAUAGUUAUUCAAAACACCUGAGCUAAUUAGCUACAAUGAAAAAUGCCAGUUGUGCCUGUGAUCGUAAAUCUAAUCUGACACCUUCUGCUUUAUUAACCGGCUCACAGUACCCACACACGUUUGCCUGCCACCUCUCUUGGGAAACGGUCAUCCAUCUCUCCUCUAAUUUUUGAUUAAGAUCCUCAAUUUGUUUUAUUAAAAAGCAUUUGGUUUUAUGCUAUGACUAUCAGUUCUGUGUGCUUAUGUAGCGGUUUUAGCCCAAUCAUCUUAGCAUCAUUGCUUUAGUUCAUUGAGUUUUAUGGGCAUUCAUCUAUGAACAGCUGUAUUAAGGCCCCCGUCACACAAUUUAAAUUAAGUUUAGUCCAUUUAAAGACUGGUAUUACUUUAUUUUUCAGCACUCUUUUCCAUGACAUGAUUAGAAACCCCUGCUACAGGGAGGAGUUCACAUUAAAGUCUGUGCAAGGCACCCAGCUCAUCGCACUUUCACCCCUGUGCUUCACACUGGAUAUUAAGUGUUUCUGUUGAUUCAAAAUUGUUUAAAAUGCAUUGUUGGAGAUGAUCAUUUUAAACAAUGCAUUUAAAAUGCAUUUUUGAGGAUGGAUUUAAAGAAGUGCUUAUACAUUAGUAGAUUUAGCAAGAACGACUACAUUUAUUUGAGAACAGAGUCUUAAAUUGGUUGAUAGUAGGGCAUUUGUUUUUUCGAGGGAACGCGGAAGUUGUUUUAUUUUGGUCUCAGCCUAUUGGCUGGAGGAAAGGAAGACGUUGUGGCGGAGGUUGUAAUGUUUUGGUGUCACCCUAUUGGUUGGAGGAAUCGGCGACUUCCUCAAACACAAGAUGUGAAAAUGCGUUCGUUUCUACCAGCAGUAGCAGAACAGCUUUUCCGAGAUAUCCAGAAAACAUACCAGGAGACCUCCAAAAUUCCUGAUGACCUGCUUAUUGCUCUGAAGUUUGUCUUUGGGCCCUGUGCAUUGCAAGCUUUGGACUUAGUCGACCACCGUUCAGUCACUUGCCUGACCUCUCCUAGUGGCCGCAAGGCCUUUCAGGUGAAAGGAGCGUCGGGGCGUCUGUACACCUGCUUCGUGUCCUGCCACUACUGCCCGUGCCCGGCAUUCGCCUACACUGUGCUCCGCAGAGAUGAAGGCCUGCUGUGCAAGCACAUCCUGGCCAUCUAUCUCUGUCAGGCCCUGGGCUUGACUCAGCAGGAAAGUGUGUCGGAUCAGCACAUGUCGGCGCUGCUCGGCGGGUCGGCCGCCGUCGACACCUAGCCGCUUUUGGUCUGACCCGUCCGUUAGAGAAGCGGUACGUGUCCUGUCAACAUUCCUCUGUUGUCUCCGUGGAUCGUCAAUUUGAGUUUCAAGAAAUAAAGAAUGAUGUGUAACAAUAUAAA